GCUUAGCGCUUCCCGAAUUUCUUCGGCGACCCCCACUUUGCAAUAAGCGUAAAUGCACUACAACCGUAGCAUAAAACAUCAUCGCCUACACUAACGGCGAGGUUGGGUACCUUAUCUUACCUUACUCAUGUGCAUCUCCUCCAUUCUUCUUCACACAUCCAAGCGUAGGGUGCGACCUCUCACAACUCAUCCGUGCCCAUAUCCAGAAUGACAUCACCCCAGAACAUAGCAGCCUGGCUUCCCGGCGUCGGGAAGCAGCUGGAAGUCGGUCCCGCAGAUACUCCCGUCCCAGACAACAACGAACUAUUGGUCGAGGUGAAGGCUGUUGCGGUCCAGCCCGCCGAGUACAAGAUCCAGGAAGGGGUACUCCCAUUCCCGCUGAAAUAUCCUACCAUCAUUGGGCUGUCCUUCUCAGGGGUCGUUGUCAAUGUGGGCUCCGCCGUCACGCGAUUCAAGAUCGGCGACCGCAUCGUCACAAACAGCGCCGGAACCAUCCGCAACGACUCCAGAUUCGGGGGCUACCAGCGAUACGCUCUGACGACCCAGGAGCUCACAGCCAAAAUCGGAGACGUCCCCUUCGAGCAAGCAGCCGCCGUCUCCAACCUUUACGGCGCGGCAAGCGCUCUGUUCCUCCACCUCGGCCUCGAAAAGCCCUCAGGUCCACCCACACCAAAAAGGGACGGAAAAGUCCUCAUCUGGGGCGCCUCCUCGUCCUUCGGUGCCUACGCAACCCAGCUCGCCGCCGAAGCAGGCUACACCGUGGUAGGCGUCGCCUCGGCACGCAACGCGGAACUCGUCCGCUCCUUUGGCGCCGCACACUUUGUCGACCGCAAUUCAGCCACCGUUUCGGACGAGUUAAUCGCGCUGGGCCCGUUCAAGGCCGUGCUUGCAGCAGCCGACGCAGCGCCGGACCAGGUCGUGCUGGGGAGGGUGUUGUCUGCGCACGGCGGGGGGUCGUUCCUGUCGACUAUGGGGUUGAGGCCCGGUGUUACGCUGCCGGUGGGGGUUGAGGGCAAGUUUGCGCAGUAUGUCGAUGACUAUCUUGAUCCGAAGAAUAAGGAUUCUACCGAGUGGUUGUGGUGGGAUUAUCUUGAGCAGGCGCUGCAGGAGAGGAAGUUGAGGGUUGUGCCUGUAACGAGGAUCGGGGGGUUGGAAAAGGUUCAGGAGGCGUGGAAUCUGCUGCAUAAAGGGGCGGUUAGUGGGGAGAGGUUGGUUAUUACCCCGGGUUUGGAAUAACGGGCUGCUAGAUGUUGGCGAGAGGGGAACAAGUAGAGAACGAGUUCUCCGCGGCACUGGAGCAUUGCGGACUCGGACAGUAAGAAAGGCUAGCGACAGGACUCACAUACCGAACACGGAUACUCGAGAUGCAUUUCGUAGGCAGAACC